UUAAGGUUAUUUAUUCUAGGUUAUGUGUGAUUAAUAAAUAAUCUAGAGAUGGCUUUAAGUAUACGAAAUAUUUUAAUAGGAAACUUGAGGGUGUUGCAGCCCUUAAUCUCGGGUGCAAGAUGUGAAAAUUUCCACACAACAACUCCAGCAAAUGCUUGGAUGUCGGAUUCUAAUGGUCCCAAAAAUUGGUUAAAAUACAACGAGAAAAUUUAUCCGCCGCAGGCUCCUGGCGAAGAACCACGUCCUGCUUUUGUAUGCCAUCAACGCACAAAUAUUAAAUACAGCCCCUGGAAAAUGUGGUAUAUUGCUUCUUUAAUUCGGGGAAUGCCUGUGGAUGAAGCUAUUAAACAGUUGAAGUUUGUGCUCAAGAAAGGGGCAAAAGAUGUUAGAGAAGUUUUGGAGGAGGCUAAAGAAUUAGCUGUUAAAGAACAUAAUGUAGAAUUUCCAAGUAACAUGUGGGUUGCUGAGUCAUUUGUUGGAAAGGGACAAGUAAUCAAGGGUAUGAGAAGACAUGGCCGUAGUAGGUUUGGAAUUGUUGAAUAUUUUCACUGCCAUUAUUUUGUAAGAUUGGAAGAAGGCAAGCCACCAAAAGAUUAUUAUUUGAGAGAUCCUAAGAAACCUGAGGAACAAUUACAGGAUUGGCUUGAGGGUAUGAGAAAAAGAAAGAUUAUCAGUUCUUUGUAAAUAUUUUUAUUUAUGUAUAUUUGUUAUAAUAAAGUUAGUUAAUACUAUUAA